AUGAAGGGCAUUUUGCUGGGAUACUCUUGUCCCUCGUCGGCGUCCAUCACGAGUUUCGAUCUACCGUACUAUGAUUCAAAUACAGGCAACUAUGGACGAGGAUGGAAAGACAUAUACUUUAUAACUGCUACGACCAUCCUCCUAACCACAAUGUGGAGUGUCUCGGUGAAAUACGUCUUUGAGCCCAUAGGCAGGCGCAUGGGAUUAGGAAAGCACAAGGCCAAGCGCUUUGGAGAGCAAACAUGGUUAGGCAUGUACUGUCUCUCUAUGUGGACGCUGGGAAUGUACAUCUGGACACAAUCCGAGCAUUGGAUGGAUGGAUGGGCCUUUUUUGCCACAUUCAUGUCCAAGCAGCUCGACGGGAAACUAAAAUUCUACAUCCUUACCAGCCUGGCAUUUUGGCUGAGCCAGAUUAUUGUGGUCAACGUGGAGAAAAAGCGAAGCGAUUACGCCCUGUACAUGGCGCACCACGUUCUUACCGUCGUUUUAUUUUGGAUUAACUACGUGUACGGCAUGCAUGACGCGAUCCUUGUGGUCUCGAAUCUGAUGGAAGCUGCCGACGUUUUUCUAUGCUCUACGAAGAUCCUCCAGUACCUUAAUUGGAAGACUAGUGGAAACGUUUCCUUUGCCACUUUUGUUGUCGUUUGGAUUGUGUCUCGCCAUGUUAUUUUCGUGCGAUUUUGCUGGAUUUUCAUUCGGGGAAUACCAGCAGAAAUGCCCUACGGCUGUUACUCGGGGGUGAUACGCCAGCUAAACGAGACUGGCAAUGAUUGCCACUCUUGGGGUCGUCUAGCCGGCCCAUUUUGGGACGCACAGGCCCCAGUCUGCAUGACGCCGGUGUUCAAGUCCAUUAUCGUCGUCUUCCUUCUGCUGCUAGAGCUUAUGUGCGUGGCUUGGUCUGUCGAGAUUGUUCAAGUCACUAUGCGAGCUGUAAGGAAAGGAUAUAGUGAAGAUGUGCGUAGCGAUACGGAAGAAGACGCGUAUAGAGAGGCUGAGAAGAAGGCCAAGGUUAAUCAACAAUAG